AGAGUGACGCCGCCGCCGCCGAGGAGAGAGCGAGGCUCUUUGCAAAGCGGAGCUCGCGGGCGCCCUCUAGGGGUGCCCAGGUAGAUGCUGAAGACCAUGGACUCCUUCUGAAAGCCCGACGACGGAGGGGCCGAGCGUUGUCCAGCCCAGGCCAUGUCCACUACAGGCAUUGCCGCCCAGGAGGUCAACCUCUCCUUGAACCCUGGCUUUCUCCGUAAUGGAAGCCUGGAGGCCUGUUGCCGCCGCCACAACAGCCAGCUUGCCAACCCUUUCUUCCACGUGGACUCGGUAGCAAUGGCUUGCAACCUGAAUCCAGGACCGCAUCCUCUGACCUCCGUCGGCCAGGUCUCCUCUCCCGAUCCAGACGGUGGUCCGAGCUUUGUCUUGAGAGCCAGCCCUUCUCUCCUUCGCCCUGCUGCUCCUUCCGCCUCCGAAGACCACCUCAUUUCCAGCUUCGGUGGACUUUCUCUGACCAUGAACCGGAACUCGGACGAGACGCCUUCUCAAGUCCCGGGGAAGAGCGGGCCACUCCUCUCCCUCCCCCUGUCUUCGGUGGAACGAAGCGCCCGUCCGCUGCCUCCUCUGCCCAUCGCCGAAAACUUCCUGCAUGAUGAAGUGGACCGAGAAGUGGAGUUCCUGACCAGUUCAGAUACCGACUUCUUGCUGGAGAACUGCGCGAGUCCCGGUUUUAAGCUUUUGGCUCAGGGUAGGCGAAGUUUCAGGGGCUGCGGCCAGAUUAACUACGCCUACUUCGACACUCCCGCAGAGGUGAAGCCGCAACAAGCCAGCUGCCCAGGGACCGUCUGUCCACCCCCUCCACCGCCACAACAACAACCUCACCGCCGGCUCCGCCGUUCUCAUUCCGGCCCCGCUGGCUCCUUCAACAAACCGUCAGUCAGGGUCUCCAGCCAUCUCUGUCGUUCAUCUCCCAGCUCGGACGAUGACAAACCUGAGGUUCCCCCCAGGGUACCUCUGCCUCCCCGGCCCCUCAAACCCGAUUAUCGGAGGUGGUCGGCCGAAGUGACCUCCGGUGCGUACAGUGACGAGGACAAACCGCCCAAGGUGCCUCCGCGGGAACCUUUGCCCUGGAGCCAUUCUCGGACGCCGAGUCCCAAAACGUUGCCGGCGUAUCUCCACGGGGUCAUGCCUCCAACACAGAGUUUUGCCCCGGAUCCGAAGUACGUCAGCAGCAAAGCUCUCCAGAGGCAGAACAGCGAAGGUUCGGCUCACAAAGUACCCUGUAUCCUCCCCAUCAUCGAAAAUGGCAAAAAAGUCAGCUCCACUCACUACUACCUCUUGCCCGAGAGACCGCCUUACUUGGACAAAUACGAGAUGUUCUUCCGGGAGGCUGAAGAAGGCAGUUUGAGGCCGGAGGAGGGACGGCGCCAGGCGGGCCACGAAGCCGCCACGCUGGUCAAGGCUGACUUGGGAGGACUAGUCAAACGCAAACAUUUGGCGUGCAUGGUUUCUCCCUAGGGACCAGUGGUGACAGGACAGCGGUGAACGUUAAAAAGGUUUUGAAUCCGAGAACAACGACUACUUCUCCAAGGACCCUGUGUAGAGACUUAGCUGCUCCUGGACGUAAAAGGGGAGGCGGAGACAUCCGUGUGGAGCCUCCUGGAUAUACAGCAAUUGUAGCUACGGCUCAACUGCCGACACCCAGGCAGGAGCAGACUUAGAAGGAGAGCAAGUUCCUACACAACUGCGGUUGGCCAGUUAUUGAAUAUUCUAGAGCUGCGGUCUCCGACCUUGACGGUUUUACGAAACGGUGUGUGUUGGGAGGUGGAGGUGGGAUGGCUCCGUGCGAGGGCGCGCACCUCCUUUUUGCGCGACCGCACACGCCACUCGCACAAAUGGCGUUGCACGUGUACACUCGCCUGCCCGGUUCUGAACGGUCCACUGCUCGGUAGUGGGCUGCGACCCCCGGGUUGGGGACCCCCAUUCUAGAAUAAUAUAUACCUAUAUGUAGAAACUCACCUACGUUAGAACGACCGAAUUGUAGUCUUGCUAAGGAGAAAGCCCAGAAGAAAAAGCAAGUUCAGUAUUUUUUUUUGCGGGUGUUAAUAGACGUUUUUCCACUUUGGGGGGUGGGGUAGGUAGAUAGACUUUUAAAUUAUUUCUGUCCCAGGAUGUUUUUUCUUCUCUGUUCCUUUUUUUUUGGGGGGGGGGGGGAACACGGCCAUGGGCAGAGUUGGCCACCCACCCACUUCCCUGUCCCUUGGCUUGGCCCUUCUUUGGUCUUGUUCCACGGGCUGCGUAGCCGUCUACAUUUUGAAGCCCGGGAAAGAUUGAUUGGAUUUCUUUAGAUCCAUGGGUCCCCAAACUUUCUAGCUUGGUGGUCUGGCCCUGUGGGGGGGUGAGGGUGCAGGGAGAGGAGAUGCUUUAGGGCAGUGGUGGGUUUCUACCAGUUCGCCCUGGUUCGGCCAAACAGGUAGCGGCGGGAGGCUCUGCCCACCCACCCGGACGUCAUCACAGAUGCUCUGCGCAUGCACAGAAGUGCCACCACGAAUGAAGCGAGCGCACGCACACCCGCGCGCUCACAAUUCCAAACCGGUAGCGAAGGUGAGUGAAACCCACUACUUGGUUUCGUGUCUCCAUUUGGACCUUCGCGCCCGAGCGGAGCGCGCCCGCAGUUCGUGCAAGUGAACCUUCAGUGUGCGAACGCCCACCGCUCACGUGCAAGUAAAGCUACACACAUGUGUAGAGUCGCUGGCCGCUGGUACGGCCCAGUUCCAAAAACGGGCCACGGCCCGGAAGUGGACCACAGCCCGGAGGGGGAAAGGUUGGGUUGGCUCUAGAUCAACAGCUCGGUGUUUCUGCAGCUGCAGAGGGCUUUGUUGUGGUCCGUCAGCAGCCAAUGGAGCCUUUGUGUGACCACACAACAACUAAAAAAAAAAUGCAUUCCGACUCAGCCACAAUAUUUGUUUGAAAAGGGGGACCAAUUGUGUAGAUACAGAGCCGGUCUUGGUUGUGGGUCACGAAUCUUGGGAACGGAGCCUGCUUGGUCCCAUUUUUGAAUAAUUUUCCCUCCACCUUCUCACACUCGACAUGCACACUGGAUAAAUAAACAGGCGGCCAAAACGGGCUCCCGGACCAAGGUCUGUCCGUGGGAGGGUUUUUUUGGGGAUUAACACAAACUCCCGUUGUUUACACUUCCCGAUCCGCGAAUAUGGGAACAUUUUCUCUCUCUCUUUUUUUCCCCUUUCCUGACAUUUUAGGAAAGUCGACCGUUCUAAUCCAAACGAAAUGAAGGUUAAAUCACAGAAACAAUGCACUGAAAAUAACUUAGAUCUGGGGUGUACAGUUGCCGAGGGGGUUGUGUUCAGUUGUACACUGACAAUAUACGUUGUCACGUCUUGGAUUUUAAUAAAGUUAUGACAUACUUA